CCAGUCGUCCGACUGUGUUCCAAAGCGUGCAUUGGUAGAGUAAGUCGAGUCUGUGUGUGGGCGAAUAGCGGGAGUGCGUCGCGCUGGCAUACACUGAUCGUUCGUACGGUACUCUGGCGACAUUGGUGUAGAUGUUUUCGCGCAGAUUCAUUCAGCGUGGUUGGCGUCGCUUUCGGUUGUGUGGUAGUGGUGUUGUGAGUCUGCAAAAAGAGAAAGGCUGUGGCAUAAGGAGUAGCAGCAGCAGUUUAGUGCAGCUGGUGUCAGUGGAACGCGGCGUGUUAAACAACGGUAAUAUCGUCGCACUCUCCUCACUCGCCGUUAAAGUGUUUGGAAAAUCCUACGCCGCCGCUAGCAGCACAUCGACCAACUUUGUUUGUACGGCGCAAGAUACGAUGAACGGCGAUACGACUCGUACCGAUAUUAUGCCUUCCGCCGAGAAGAAACCGUUCCGUCGUUUACCCACCGAUGUACGCCCCUAUCACUACGACAUUUCGCUAACACCGGACCUUGGGAAAUUCACGUUCAGUGGAAAGGAAAACGUACACGUAGAUGUAAAACAAUCCACAGAUACUGUGGUUUUGAAUUCCUUGGAUAUUGACAUAAAAAGUGCCGUAUUUUAUGGUAACGAUGGAACGACAAUCCCUGCGAGUAAUAUCGAGUUAUCUGUGGAGGCGGAAACCGCCACCAUAAAGUUUUCCAAAAUAUUACCGAUCGGUGAUAAAGUUGGAUUUAUCGGUUUCGUUUUCACCGGUGAAUUAAACGACAAGAUGAAGGGAUUCUACCGUAGUAAAUACACCGGAUUGUCAGGUGACGAAGUAAGUUGUGCGGUAACAUUUCUCUGUCCUUGUUCAGCGCGCAUGUUGUUUCCAUGCUGGGAUGAGCCAAGUUUGAAGGCUAUGUUCACUCUCACUAUUCGUGUGCCAGCCUCCUUGACUGCCCUCUUCAACAUGCCAGUAAAAUCUGAAUCAGUUGAGGGAGAGUUCAAGGUGCUAAAAUUUGACAGAACUCCCAUAAUGUCGACUUACCUUGUGGCAGUUGUCGUCGGUGAGUAUGAUUAUGUGGAGGGAAAAUCGAGCGACGGAGUUCUUGUGAGGGUAUAUACACCGAAGGGAAAAAAGGAACAAGGUGAAUUUGCCUUGGAGGUUGCAACAAAAGUGCUACCAUACUACAACACCUACUUCGGCAUUGCUUAUCCAUUACCAAAAAUGGACCUGAUAGCGAUAGCUGAUUUCUCUGCCGGAGCCAUGGAAAAUUGGGGGCUGGUCACAUACAGGGAGACCUGCCUGCUCGUCGAUCCCCAGAAUACCUCAGCAGUAAGAAAACAGUGGAUCGCAUUAGUUGUUGGUCAUGAACUGGCUCAUCAAUGGUUCGGCAAUCUUGUCACCAUGGAAUGGUGGACUCACUUGUGGCUUAACGAGGGCUAUGCAUCGUUUGUAGAGUUUCUUUGCGUUGCUCACCUGUUUCCCGAGUACGAUAUUUGGACCCAGUUCGUUACAGACACGUAUAUCAAGGCUCUGGAACUCGACGCGCUCAAAAACAGCCAUCCGAUUGAGGUCCCUGUCGGACAUCCGUCCGAAAUUGAUGAGAUUUUUGAUGACAUAUCUUAUAACAAAGGUGCCAGUGUGAUCCGAAUGCUUCACAGCUACAUCGGCGAUGAGGACUUCAAGAAAGGCAUGAGUUUGUACCUCAAGAGACAUUCUUAUUCCAAUGCUUUGACUGAAGACCUUUGGGCUGCACUUGAAGAAGCUAGCAGCAAGCCUGUCGGUGCUGUCAUGUCGACAUGGACCAAGCAGCAAGGAUUUCCAGUUUUGAAGGUUGACCAGCGACAGGAGGGAACGUCGCGCGUUCUUUCACUUUCCCAGGAGAGAUUUCUUGCUGAUGGAUCAAAGGACAAGGAAAAAAGCCUGUGGAUGAUACCGGUGAGCGUUAGCACGUCGCGGGCGCCGCAGGAAGUCGCGAUUAGCACGGUAAUGAACGAAGCUCAAAAAGAGAUCGUUUUGAAUGACGUGCCCGAAGGUGCUUGGGUAAAAAUCAACCCGGGGACGAUCGGGUUUUACAGAACUCGUUACAGCCCCGAAGCGCUUUCUCUCCUUCUUCCCGCCGUCAAAGACCGCACCCUACCUCCGUUGGACAGACUGGGACUCCUGGACGAUCUUUUCGCCAUGGUGCAAGCCGGGCAUGCCUCAACGGUUGAGGUCCUACGACUGAUGUACGCCUUCCAGGCAGAAGACAAUUACACGGUUUGGUCAAGCAUCGUCAACAGCCUUGGUAAACUAAGCGUUUUACUUUCUCACGUCGAUUACGAAGAUUCAUUCAAGGCCUUUGGACGAUCUCUGAUGAAGGACAUCGGCAGCAAAUUGGGCUGGGACCCAAAACCUAACGAGAGUCAUCUGGACACGCUUCUCAGAUCCUUGGUGCUGGGGCGCCUGGCCGCGUUGAACGACGCGGAGACGAUCGAGGAGGCCAAGAAACGCUUCGAAGCUCAUGUGUCAGGUGCAAGAAUUCUUGCCGCGGAUUUACGCAGUCCUGUUUACAGGGCUGUACUUUCCGUGGGCGGAGCUGAUACCUACGCAACGAUGCUGAAAUUAUACAGGGAGGCUGAUCUUCACGAAGAGAAAGACCGAAUAUCGCGAGCCUUGGGCGCGAUAAAAGAUGAGAAACUGCUCAAGCAGGUGCUUGAGUUCGCGAUGAGCAGCGAGGUUCGCGCCCAGGAUACGGUAUUCGUUAUAAUGUCCGUUGCCAUGACGUACAAGGGGCGGAUUUUGGCCUGGGCAUUUUUCAAGGACAACUGGAAGGUACUCAUGGACAGGUACGACGGCGGUUUCCUACUCUCAAGACUCGUCAAAUUUACGACAGAGAAUUUUGCCACCGAGGAAAGCGCUCUAGAGGUCGAACAGUUCUUCGCCGAUCAUCCGACACCGGGAACUGAGAGGACUGUACAGCAAAGUUUGGAAACCAUCAGACUGAACGCGGCGUGGCUUGCCAGGGACCGAGAAGCUAUAAAAUCGUACCUCUCAGCCCUGCCGUAACUUGGAACAAACCGCAUUAACACCUAGUCACUUAUUCCUUACAUCUACGUGGUUUCGAGAACCUUUUUCUCUUACAACAUGUUCAACGUUAUUUAGGUUGAAUCAAAUUGACAAGACUUCGGUGCAUAAUAAUAGUAAUAAUAAUAAUAAUUAUUAUUAUUUUUACAACUAUUUCCUAAUAUCUCAAGGGUAUGUGCAGGCGUUUUUGCGCCGCGGCUAGUGGUUUGGAGAGAUAUUUAGUUUUCUUGUGUUUCUUUUUGUUUCUGCCAAGGAGAGAGAUGAGAAGUCAUUUUUGAUCUUACAAAUAAUCGAAAAACUCCAUUGAUGUUACGUUUCGAGUCAUCCGUGUUUUCAUAUUGACCAAUGUUCGCCCCUUUACUUAGUGUUUUCUAAACUUCAAACGGCAAAUUAUGUUCGAUUCCCUUUACACUACGUGAAAAAUGUCCGGAAAAUGUUUGUCCUUUGUCUUUAGUAAAAUUCCGCAGAAAAAACGUAUCUUCAACUUGGGAGAAGCGGGUUUAUCCAUCUGUGUAUAGAUAAUGAUUGGUUUAAAUAUACUUCUUCAUAUCUGA